AUAAACCUUGGGGUUUUUCUGUAACAGCCUCCAUUCUCUCUCUAUCUUUAUCUCUCGCUUCUCACCACCUAUCGACGGCGACGGAGACGGCGUUCUAUCAGAGCAAAGAUUUGAAGUUGAAGAAGUUAUCUUUUUUAAAUUCCAUCCAAAAAGAUGAACUACAAGUUUCACAACCUUCUUGGAGCUCCAUACAGGGGAGGUAACGUAGUUACCGUCGAUAAUUCCCUUCUAAUUUCUCCAGUCGGCAAUCGCAUUUCAGUGACUGACCUAGUCAAAUCCGAAACUAUAACAUUACCUUGUCAAUCCUCUUCCAACAUCAUUCGCAUAGCCGCUUCCUCAGAUGGACUCUUCGUUCUCGCCAUCGAUGAGAAUUCUCGCUCACUAUUCAUCAACCUCCGCCGACGUGUCGUCCUUCAUCGGAUUACCUUCAAGGGGGCUGUAGGUGCUGUUGAAUUCAGCCCUAACGGCGAGUUCAUUGCUGUUGCUGUGGGGAAAUUGGUCCAGAUAUGGAGGUCUCCUCGGUUUAGUAAGGAGUUUUUUCCAUUUGAGUUAGUACGAACUUUUGCUGAUUGCCAUGAUCAAAUUACAGCUUUGAAUUGGAGUCCUGAUUCGAAUUAUGUGCUUGUUGGGUCAAAGGAUUUGGCUGUUAGAAUGUUUUAUAUGAAGAAAUUGAAGAGGUAUAGAAAGCCGUUUCUCUUUUUAGGUCAUAGAGAUAUAAUUACUGGUGUUUUCUUUGGUGUUGAUAAGAAAACAGAUAAAGUUUCACGGGUUUAUACUAUGUCGAGAGAUGGUGCAAUUUUCAGCUGGGGUUUUAGUGGAAGUGACAGUAAAUUUGAUGGUAACUCACAUCCGCCUUCCCCUGGUACUCCUGAGCAAAGAACCAAUCAAAAUGACGAAGAUGGUGAGAAUAAUACAAAUGUUAGAAAAAGGAAAAGUGUUGAUGAUGAUGAUGAUGAUGAUUUGGAUGGAGAGGUAGUGGAUUUGUUGCAUACAGGAAAGUGGGAGUUGCUGAAGAAGGAUUUCUUCAUGCAAGCACCAGCUAAGCUGACAGCUUGUGAUUACCAUAGGGGUCUCGAUCUUGUAGUUGUGGGAUUCUCAAACGGAGUAUUUGGGCUGUAUCAGAUGCCAGAUUUUAUUUGUAUUCACUUGUUGUCGAUUUCAAGAGAGAAGAUAACAUCUGCUGUUUUUAACGAUCUUGGGAAUUGGUUAACCUUUGGUUGUGCUAAACUUGGGCAACUUUUGGUUUGGGAAUGGAAGUCUGAGAGCUACAUUUUGAAGCAACAGGGCCAUUAUUUCGAUGUUAAUACUCUGGCAUAUUCUACAGAUUCCCAAUUCUUGGCCACUGGUGCAGAUGACAACAAGAUCAAGGUGUGGACUGUCUCUUCCGGAUUCUGUUUUGUGACAUUUUCAGAGCACACCAAUGCUGUCACAGCGCUUCAUUUUACAUCGAAUAAUCAUUGUUUAUUGAGUGCAUCUCUGGAUGGUACUGUCCGGGCUUGGGAUCUUUUUCGCUACAGGAAUUUCAGAACUUUCACUACCCCAACAUCAAAGCAGUUUGUCUCAUUGUCAUCAGACCAAAGUGGUGAAGUGAUUUGUGCUGGAACACUUGACUCGUUUGAAAUCUUUGUCUGGUCAAUGAAGACAGGAAGAUUGUUAGAUAUUCUUAGUGGGCAUGAGGGUCCUGUGCAUGGCUUGAUGUUUUCUCCAUCAAAUGCCAUCUUGGCAUCAUCUUCAUGGGACAAAACUGUUCGUUUGUGGGAUGUAUUUGAAGGGAAAGGUGCUGUUGAAACAUUCAAACACACUCACGAUGUUCUCACAGUUGUUUAUCGUCCUGAUGGAAGGCAAUUAGCUACCAGUACUUUAGAUGGACAAAUCCAUUUCUGGGAUCCAAUCGACGGUGUAUUGAUGUACACAAUCGAGGGUCGAAGAGACAUAGCUGGAGGACGUCUUGCAACUGAUCGCAGAUCCGCAGCUAAUUCUAGUUCUGGGAAAUGCUUCACUACUUUGUUUUACUCCGCUGAUGGAAGUUAUAUAUUGGCUGGAGGCAAUAGCAAAUUCAUCUGUAUGUAUGAUGUUGCCGACCAGGUAUUGCUUCGUAGGUUUCAGAUAACCCACAACCUUUCGUUUGAUGGGAUCCUCGACUUCUUGAACUCAAAGAACAUGACAGAUGCGGGUCCUAUCGAUUUGAUCGAUGAUGAGGACAGUGAUACUGAGGAAGGAAUCAACAAGCAAGCGCGAUCAAAUCUAGGCUACGAUUUGCCCGGUUCAUUGCCUAACAAAGGAAGACCCGUCAUUAGGACUAAAUGCCUUAGGAUUGCACCAACAGGCAGGAAUUGGGCGGCAGCAACUACAGAAGGAGUAAUGAUUUACUCGAUGGAUGAAGCUUUUAUCUUUGAUCCCACUGAUCUCGACAUAGAUGUCACACCAGAGGCGGUUGAUAAAGCUCUAAAUGAAGGCAGAACUAGUCAAGCUUUAAUCCUAAGCCUGCGUUUAAACGAAGACUCUCUAAUCAAGAAGUGUAUAGUUGCAGUUGAGCCAUCAGAUAUAGGACUCGUGGCAGGAUCAGUUCCUUCAAAGUAUUUGCAGAGAUUAAUCGAGGCAUUUGCAAAUCUUGUGGAGAAAUCGCCAUACUUGGAAUUUAUCCUUAGAUGGUGUCAAGAGCUGUGUAGAAUUCAUGGAAAUUCUAUUCAACAGAAUUCGAGGAAUUUACUUCCUGCUCUUAAGUCGCUUCAGAAAGCUAUUACCAGAUCGCAUCAAGAUUUGGCUGAAAUGUGUUCGUCUAACGAGUAUAUGCUUCGCUAUUUAUGCACCACGAGAAUCGAAAACUGAUGAUGUGUUUAGGCAAGCAGUGAAUUUUGUUGUUAACUGUAAUUUUUUGUUUUUUUCAGGCACAAAUUUUGAGUGAAGAUUUGGGUUUUUUUCUUUUGAUGGAAAUGAAAAGAAAUUUUACAUCUUCAAUAAC